AUGUGGAGAACACAGACUACCAGAAAGGGGCGGCACAUUAUAACAGCACUAAAAUACCUAUCAACAGAAUCAGCCAGUCCAAAACAAAAUGUUCCACCUCCAGUUGCAAAGCGCCCUUCCAGUGCGGCCUCCAAGACCCUCAAGUUGAUUGGCCUAGGGCUUCCAGUAGUUGCUGGUGGUGUAAUAGGGUAUGCAUGGUAUGACUCGGACUUUCGCAGACAGAUAGAAGAGAAUCUACCCUAUGCAAAAGAGGUCUUUGAGAACAUAUUACCACAGGAUGAGGGAAAACCUGCCAUAAGAGG